AUGCGGCCACCUUCCGGAACCUUCUUGUUUUCUUUCAGACGAGGAGGAGAAGGUUGGGAGGCUAUCCAGUUGUUUGAGAGUUUCCGCUCGCCCAGCCGCCUGUACCUGGUGCUGGAGCUGGCAUCCAGGGGUGACCUGCUGGAAUACAUCAACCGCGGGGCGGACAGGGCCCGAGCCCUGGGGCUGCAGGAGGCCGAGGCCCAGCACAUGUUCCAGCAGCUGGUGGGAGCUGUCAGCCACUGCCACAGCAAGCACAUCGCACACAGAGAUCUGAAGUGUGAAAACAUUCUGCUGGACGACAAGGGACACAUUAAGCUGACAGACUUUGGGCUGGCCAGCAGAAGCAACAAGGACAGUCUGAUGAGCACCUUCUGCGGCUCAAUGCCCUACACCGCCCCCGAGAUCCUGCAGGGGCACAGGUACCGAGGGGACCACGCUGACGUCUGGAGCAUGGGCAUCAUUCUCUACGCCAUGGUGGCCGGCAAACUCCCCUUCAACGAGUUGCAGCCGUGCAAACUGCUGGAGGCUAUCAAAGGUGGCAUGUUCUUCCAUGACCGCCUCUCACUGGCUGCAGGAUCUCAUCAAUAAGAUGCUCCAGUGGAAGCCCUCGUCCCGC